CUUCGACAUCAACGAAGGAGAACAGCAACGAAUAGACAAUCACUGCAAAGAUGUCGACUUUAGAAGAACUCGCCGCAAUGGAGAACGAGAAUGCUCCUCUCCUCAAUGACAACGAGGAGAAGAUGGGGGAUGCCGAGGAUGAGAUCGAUGCUGAAAUCUUGAGGUCGAGCAGUGAGGAGAUUGUUAACCGAACGAGACUGCUGGAGAACGACAUCAAGGUCAUGCGUUCCGAAUACCAGCGUCUAACCCAUGAAUCAAACACAAUGAAAGAGAAGAUCAAGGACAACACAGAGAAAAUCGAAAAUAACCGUCAAUUACCCUACCUUGUCGGCAACAUCGUCGAAAUUCUUGACAUGGACCCCGAAACCGCCGAAGAAGAGGAUGGCGCAAACACCGACUCAGACGCAGUCCGCAAAGGAAAGUCUGCGGUGAUCAAGACCUCGACGCGCCAGACUGUCUUUUUGCCGUUGAUUGGAUUGGUGGAUGAGGAGAAGUUGAAGCCGGGGGAUUUGAUCGGUGUCAACAAGGACUCGUAUCUCGUCCUCGAUACGCUUCCAGCAGAGUACGAUAACCGUGUCAAAGCAAUGGAGGUAGACGAGAAGCCUACGGAGUCAUACACGGAUAUCGGUGGUUUGGACAAGCAAAUUGAAGAGUUGGUCGAGGCUGUUGUGUUGCCCUUGCAGCAGGCGGAUAAGUUCAAGAAACUUGGUGUUAAGCCCCCGAAGGGAGCAUUGAUGUAUGGACCCCCCGGAACUGGAAAGACGCUUUUGGCGCGUGCUUGUGCUGCGCAGACGAAUGCUACAUACCUCAAGAUCGCUGCGCCGCAGUUGGUUCAGAUGUUCAUUGGUGAUGGUGCCAAGCUCGUCCGUGACGCAUUCGCAUUGGCGAAAGAAAAGGCUCCCGCAAUCAUCUUCAUCGACGAGUUGGACGCGAUUGGUACGAAGCGUUUCGACAGUGAUAAGAGCGGUGACCGCGAAGUUCAACGAACAAUGCUCGAACUCCUCAACCAACUCGAUGGUUUCUCAUCCGACGACCGCGUCAAAGUCCUCGCCGCCACAAACCGCGUCGACACCCUCGACCCAGCCCUCCUCCGUUCCGGCCGUCUCGACCGCAAAAUCGAGUUUCCCCUUCCCAACGAAGAAGCACGUGCCCGAAUCCUCCAGAUUCAUUCACGUAAGAUGACGGUCGACGACAAGGUCAAUUGGGAUGAGUUGGCGAGGAGUACGGAUGAGUAUAAUGGAGCGAUGUUGAAGCAGGUAUGUGUGGAGGCGGGUAUGAUUGCGUUGAGGAGUGGGGAGACGAAGAUUGAGCAUGAGCAUUACAUGGAGGGUGUGCAGGAGGUGCAGAUGAGGAAGAAUAAGCCUAGUUCGAUUUACGCUUAA